GUUUGGUUGUAAAAUUGGCAUUCGCCACAUUUGAACACGAAGGAGCCGUUGCUGAUCGAAGCUAUUCUCGCAGCCCUUUCAACACCCCUAUGGAUUGGAUUGACCCCUGAGCAUUAGGGUUUGAUUUGAGAGUUUCAAGCUUCCAUGAAUUCUCAACAAUCAAUUUGAAUCAUUUACCGAAACAAACUGUAGUUUCUGCCGAUUCGACCUAAUUGAAAAACGAAAUCUCGAUGUCAGCUUUUGCUCAAUCUUCAUGAAACCAUUGUCAAUCCCAAAUUUGCUUUCGGCUUGCAAAAGCAUCCGAAACCUCGAACAAGUCCACACUCAAAUCAUCCACAAAGGCGCAGAGCAAGACCACUUCGUCAUUACCCGAUUCAUCUCUCUCUGUACCUCACUCUUUUCCAACAUUUCUUACGCAUCCAGCGUAUUUGAUCGCGUUUUGCAACCCAAUAUCUAUCUAUGGAACACUCUCAUCAAAGGGUACUGCAAACACUCGUCUCUCGCACAAUGUAUAUCAGUUUUUCUUCGAAUGAAACAGAGUGGGAAUGUUGUUCCUGACGAAUAUACUUUUCCCUCAUUGCUCAAAGCUUGUUCGAGCGAAUUGGCGUUAAAGGAAGGUCAGGCGAUUCAUGGGUUGAUCGUGAGGUACGGUACUGAGCACGAUGUUUUUGUUGGGUCGAGUUUGGUUGAUUUGUAUGGAAAGUGUCGAGAGAUUGAGUUUGCGCGCAAGGUUUUUGAUGGAAUGUGUGUGAGAAACGAGGUUUCUUGGACUUCUAUGAUUGUUGGGUAUGUGAAUGCAGGUGAUUUGAUUGAAGCAAAGAAGCUAUUUGAUGUAAUGCCUAAGAGAAAUAUGGUUUCUUGGAAUGCCAUGAUUAGUGGGUUUGUGAGAUUUGGUGAUUUGAAGGGUGCUAGGAAGUUGUUUGAUGAAAUGCCUGAGAGGAAUGUGGUUUCGUUCACGGCAAUGAUUGAUGGGUUUGCCAAGGCUGGUGACAUGGCUUCAGCAAGGUUUUUGUUUGAUCAAUCUCCGGUGAAGGACAUUGUUUCUUGGUCAGCGUUGAUAUCUGGGUAUGUUCAGAAUGGUCAGCCUAACGAGGCUGUUGAAAUUUUUCUUAAAAUGCAGUCGAUGAAUAUUAAACCGGAUGAGUUCAUAGUGGUUAGCUUGAUGUCUGCUUGUUCCCAAAUCGGUAGUUUGGAACAGGCUAAAUGGGUUGAUUCUUAUGUGAGCCAAAGCUCACUUGACCUCCAUCAAGUUCAUGUUCUUGCAGCUCUUAUAGACAUGAAUGCAAAGUGUGGGAAUAUGGGUAGAGCAACAAUGUUAUUUGAGAAGAUGCCUAAGAGGGAUUUGGUUUGUUUUUGUUCUAUGAUACAAGGCCUGUCAAUUCAUGGGCACGGUGUUCAGGCAGUUUCCCUCUUUCGUAGGAUGAUAAAUGAAGGCAUUACUCCAGAUGAUGUGGCUUUUACAGUCAUUCUGAAUGCUUGUAGUCAUGCAGGACUUGUUGAAGAGGGUUGCCGAUUUUUUGAUUCUAUGAUAAAUGAAUACUCUCUAGUUCCUUCAACUUAUCAUUAUGCUUGUAUGGUGGAUCUUCUUGGCCGGUCUGGAAAGCUAAGAGCAGCUUACGAGCUAUUGAAAUCAAUGCUUGUGGAACCUCAUGCUGGUGCUUGGGGUGCACUUCUUGGGGCUUGUAAGCUACAUAAUGAUAUUGAAUUAGGGGAGGAGAUAGCUGCUCAACUUUUUGAGAUUGAGCCUCACAAUGCUUGUAGUUAUGUGUUGUUGUCAGACAUCUAUGCAGCAGCAGAUCGGUGGUUGGAUGUUUCAUUUUUAAGGAGCCAAAUGAUUGAAAUGGGGGUAAAAAAGAAACCUGGUCGUAGUUUGAUAUACUCAGCGAAGCCUAGUGUAUGGUAUCCUUACGAGUCUGUUCAGUGAAGACUGUAAUUGGCAUGAAGAAGACUUUGGCCUUCUAUAAUGGGAAUCCCAUUGGGCAGAGGACUAAUUGGGUAAUACACAAGUAUUGCGCAACCAAUAAGGAGCUCAACAACACUAAAGUGCGGCCAGGGGUCGGUUGAGUGAGAGCAUAAGAGCAGAUUUGAUGGGAAAAUGCAUACAUGCAAUCACGAAAUGCAUACAAUAAUGCUCUGCUCGGUUGCUCAAUGAGUUGAAGGAUAAUCUUAAAGAUAUAGUGUUGCCAAAUUACAAGCGAGCAAUUAUUUUGUCUUACCAGUUGAGGGAGGAAAAAUGAGCUGAAGAAGAAGCAUCGGGCCCAGGUCAGCCAGGUUGACAAUGCUUCUGCUAGGUCUUACCAACUUGCGCCACAUGGCUGGUCAGAGGCCCCAACCUCAUAACCUAAGAAGAUAGAUCACUUGGCUCAUCUUUACAUCGCAAAGAACAUUGUCAACUUAGUGCAGAUCUCGUACACAAAUUGCUCUCAGUAGUCAAGUGGAAAGUGCUAAUCGCACAAAGUGGUUGUGUAAAUUAAAGAAGAGUCUAGUUUAUACAUUCUUGAGCUCAAAUUGUUGUAGUGUGGCUCAAAUUUUUUUAUGUAUUACAAUUUAAGCGGGUUAGUUUCACAGUUUGGAUCUCUGCCAGGUUAU